AUGACCCGCCUUCUGAACCCGGUGUUAACAGCAUUGCUCCUCUUUAGUCAUUCUCUCCCGGUCUACCACAGUAUCGCCAUUAUGACUCAAUAUCAAUACGAGUUUUUAGUGAGCAUUCCCGACCGUCCCGGGGUACUCCCAGUUCGCAUGUCCCUUCGUCCUAGGCACCUGGCGAAGUUGGGUCCUCGUGUCGAAGCUGGACAAGUGGUGUUUGGUGGCGCUAUGCUCUCUCGUGAACCGGCCAAAGGCGAGGGCCCAAAUGUAACUGGAAGUGUGAUGCUCGUCAAGGCCAACAGCGAAGAUGAAGUUCGCCAGAUCAUUCUGGAUGAUGCAUAUGCAGCGGAUGUCUGGGAUUUGGGCAAGGUCACAAUAACGCCAUUCAAGUGUGCUGUACGUACGGCAAUUUGA